AUGCGUCAAUGGCAGGGCAUGCGCCAAGUGGCAGUAUUUUGGGCAGCUUUGCUGCCCUUGGUGGCAGCGGAGGUGGAAGCUGUGCCUGCCGAUGAAUGUGAGGAAGAUGCCGGCACCUGCGCGCUGAGUGCGCUGCAGCUAAAGACAGGGAAAGAACCGACGCCCGGAAGUUUCUCUGUGACCCUUGCUACUGAGGACGCAGAAGGCCGCGUUUCGGCUCCAAAGGCCGCCUUGCAGGAAGGUGCAGAACAAGAGAGACGGGCAGGCGAUCAAUCACGGCACCAGAGGGGAGCGGCUUGCUGCCGAUGCGCCUCGGGCGAAGUUGGAUUUUCAGCAACGGGGAGCUGCGGCUUUUGCAGCGGACGUCUAGAUCGAACAGUGGCCGCUCCGACAGGAUGCAACGAGCCAUCUCUUUUGCAGUCAGCCAGAACUGCAUGUGCACUGCAGUGCGGCAAGCAGUUGAGGCGGAAAAGCUGGUACCCGGCUGACUUUCAGUGA